AUGUCCGAAACAGCACAGCUGCACGAAGAGGGUCUCGAGCAGACGCUCCAGGCGCUUGAUUAUGUUACGAGCAAGAGCGCUCAAGGGGAGGACCCAAAGAAUCACCUGCAUAAGCCGGCUGAUCAUAACACCUCCCACUCGUGGCUGAGCUCUUGGCUUCCUUCAUGGAGCUACAUCGAGAGUAUGGAAGCUUCUUAUCACCUCGGCAACUGGGUCCGAGACCGUCACACUGAUGAAAAAGCAUGGGAGGUCAUGUCAGUCUAUGUCCGCCUCGGCAUGCAUUUGCUUUACUAUGGCACCUGCCAGGAAAUGCUCCUCGGCACCAAACGAGUCCUUGAGAUGUUACGGGAGCAAAGCGUCAAGAUGGGGAGGCAAUACGACGAUCCUAGUUCCAAAGCACAUAUUCAACCAUUCAUUGACAGUUUUGGGCUACAGAACGCCCUUUCGGAGCUCGUGGAGCCGGAUCCGACAAAGUAUGCAACGUUUAACGACUUCUUCGCGCGAAGGUUGAAGGACGAUGCACGGCCAAUUGAUGAGCCCAACCAAACAACUGUCACGUCGAGUCCUGCAGACUGUAGAUUGACAGCUUUUACCACCAUUGAGGUGGCGACGAAGUUCUGGGUGAAAGGUGCGAAUUUCACUAUGGAGCGUCUGUUCCAAGAUCAAGAUCUCGCAAAGUCCUUCGAUGGGGGAAGUAUGGUCAUCGCACGCCUCGCUCCUCAGGACUAUCACCGUUGGCACAGUCCGGUGUCCGGAACAGUGAAGAGCGUGAAGGAGAUACCGGGAACUUACUAUACGGUCAAUCCCCAAGCAAUCAACGAGAGUGGCACCAUUAACGUGUACUGUGAGAAUAGACGCAGUAUCAUGGUCGUUGAAAUUGAGGCUGGGUCAUCAGUCGCUAUCGUAGCAGUUGGGGCAAUGCUGGUCGGAAGCAUCAAGUAUUUUGAUGGUGUCGAGAAACCAGGAGCACAGAUCCAACGAGGGCAAUGUUUGGGUGGUUUCUACUAUGGUGGUAGUACGGUGCUUGUCUUCUAUCAGAAAGGUGACUUGGAACUGGACGAGGAUCUGGUGAAAUGGUCUACUCAUCCUGAUGGGCCUUGUGAGACAUACAUGAAGGUUGGCUGGAGAAUUGGAGCCAAGCAGAACCCAACUUCUUGA